GCGCCCAGCGGAGGGCGGAGGGACAGACGGGCCUCGGACGGCGGGACAGCGGAGUCGGUGGCGGCACCUGCCGAGGGAGGGAGGGGAGGCCCGGGCCUGCGGCCCCGGGGGUCACCCUAUGGCGGGCAGGGACUAUGACCAUCUGUUCAAACUGCUCAUCAUCGGAGACAGCGGAGUGGGAAAGAGCAGUCUGCUGCUUCGCUUUGCUGACAACACUUUCUCAGGCAGCUACAUCACAACAAUUGGAGUGGAUUUCAAGAUCCGGACGGUGGACGUGAACGGGGAGAAGGUGAAGCUGCAGAUCUGGGACACGGCCGGCCAGGAGCGGUUCCGGACAAUCACUUCCACGUAUUACCGCAACACCCAUGGGGUGAUCAUAGUUUACGAUGUCACCAACCCCGAGUCCUUCGUCAACGUCAAGAGGUGGCUCCAUGAGAUCAGUCAGAACUGCGACACCGUCUCCAAGGUCCUAGUGGGGAACAAGAACGAGGACCCCUCAGCACGGCAGGUGGAAUAUGCUGACGCGAAGCGUUUCUGCGACCAGGUGGGGAUCCGUCUCUUCGAGACCAGUGCCAAGGAGAACACCAACGUGGAGGAGAUGUUUAAUGCGGUCACCUUCAUGGUGCUAAAGUGCAAGAAGGACAACCUGGCGCGCCUGCAGCAGCAGAACGAGGUGGUGAAGAUCAACAAACCCAAGAAGAAGCCUGCUGUCAAGAAAUGCUGCUGAUCCAAGUGUCCGGGGGUGGGUGGGGAGUGGCAUGGGGUUGAGGUGGUAGCGGGUGGACCCCGGGGAGCCUGACCCCGGCCCUCUGCAGCUCACCCAACAGGCAGGGGGAGCGUCCAGGCCUGCCCACCUCCACCGGGUCCUAAUGCUCGUACUGAUGCGUGUGUGCAUUUGUAUUGGAUCCUUUCCUGGGUCCUAUCAAUCAGUGACUGGAUCCUCAGAUCUCGAGCUCAGUGAUGUAAUUACUAGACCUCCCCAAAUCCCAUUGGCUAGUUCUGUAAUUACUGCUGUAUUCCCAGGUGGGUUCGCUACUUAAAGUACUGUAAUUACUGGAUUUUCCUGGAUCCUAUUGGCUAGUCCUGUAAUUACUGGAUCCCUUCAUUCCUAUUGAUCUGUAUUAACUGGACCCCACAGGUUACAUUGGCCAGUGAUGUGUGGAUCUAUUGGGAUUUUAUUGGACGAUUGUGUGUUUAGCGAUUUCUCUGGAUCCUGUUGGUCUGCGAUGUGUUAAGUGGGUUCUCUGGGGGUUUGCUUUUGGACGUUCUGCCACAGCAUUGAGCUUACUGGGAUCCCCAUGAUACAAAUGUCCACAGCUUAGGGUCCAGAUGCUUUCAGUAUUUUCCCAGUUUGGGCACUAGGACCCAAAUGAGCACGUUCAGCGGGUUUCCCCGGGGUCCUGUUAGAUGUCUGCAGCAUUGUGCUCGGUGGCUUCCUCAGGGUCCAACCGUCCGCAGCAUUCCUAAGGUCUAAAUUCUUGCAGUAUUUUUUUCUGUGCCCACAUGGGUGUAUUCAGUGGGCUCCCCAAACGAGUGAAAUAUUUUGCUGCAUUAGUUCUGCUGGGUCCAAAUGUCUGCAGUAUUGUGCUUGGUGGAGUCCUGGUACCCCCUGUGAAUUCCAGGGGAUCCUAAUGCCCACAAAUGUUCCAUCUGGUGAGGCUUCCCUGGCAUAAAAGGCAUUGUAGCAUUCCUUGAGUUUCCUCCCAGGGGCCAAAUGCCCACAUCACUUGCAUUCGUUAGGCACCCCGGGGUCCUAAUGCCCUACGCCUUAGCAUUCGGUGGGCUCCCCAGGGUCUGAGGGUGCGUCCCAUUCCACCCCACCCCUUCCCAGCAGUAGUGGAGCGAGGCAGUCAUUCCUAAUCGGAAUUCCUCUGCCUGAUGAAUGUAGGCGGGUGGGUGUCGGACCAACUCCAGAUAGUGGGGAAAGUUGAUGAGACCCAGAGGUUUCACCUUUCUCCAUGACUGCAGAACGGGAGGGAACAAGGUUUUUAGUCAUCAGCCUGGCGUUGCACUGGUCUGACUUUUGGUGAGAAGGGUGAGUCAGUGUAGGGUCUCACUAAAUCCCAGGCACUGGGAGGGUGAAUGAGAUGACACAGUGUGUGUGGCCUCAAACACUAAACACACACCCCUCAUUAUAACACUAAUACUCCCCAUAACACUCACUGUGACACUGACAUCACCUCACUCCUCACUGUAAAACUGAUACCCCUCCCCACACCAACACAGAUUCCCUGUACCUCUCACUGUAACACUAACAUUCUCCCUCACCCCUCACUGUAACACUGAUACUCCCUGCACCCCUGAUCAUAACACCGAUAUCCCCCCCACUGUAACCCUGUUCCCCCCACCCCUCACUGUAACAUCGAUACUCCCUACACUGAUUGUAACACUGAUACCCCACCCCACCCCCCACUGUAACACUGAUACUCCCCGUAAAACUCACUUUGUCACUGACACACACCUAACACUGGUACCCCCCACCCCUCACCAGAACACUAAUGCCCACCCACACCCCUCACCGUAACCCGGGUACCUGAUUUCCCACUCAUGGUGAUUUUGACCCGCCCUCACAGUUUCAGUGGGAUUCUGUAGUCUCCUACUACACUGCUUAUUGCAGGAAGGAAUGGUCCUGCCUCCCUCCCACAUUCGGACCAAACUCCCUACCCCAGCCCAAAUUUCCUUCCCCAGACCCUAUUCCGCUCUCUGUCGACGCUCCAAUAUCGCGAAUUAACUAACGCCACCCCAGAUGAUUUUGCACUAAUGCUAAUUAUGGUUUCUCUGAAAUUUAUAACCUCUCUGUAAUAUUUGUAUAAAUUUUUUUUUGUUGCUGGGAAUGUAACCGAUCAUGGAAUCAAAUAAUGUAUGAAGUAAAAUUUAAAUUGAGAUAAA